AUGGCCUCGUUCCCAUCUCUCCGGACACCACCAGCCAGAAGGCCCGUUCUUUUUUUGCUUCUGACCAUCGUCCAUCGGCUUUUUUGCGUUUCCGGGCCCUCGGACGGACGGAGUGAGUCAGGCAACAAUCGUCCAAUAUUUUAACCUCGAGGUGUCCAAGCCCCCCUCGGCAGGUCAUUCACCGCUUUUGUACCGCCGAACCGUUUCCAUUCCGUUUGGACCCUGAGGCUGUGAACAAUGAUUUAUUUAUUCAUACUGGUCGUACCAUUCCGAAUAUAUUAUUUCUUACAACCGCCCCCCCCCCCCCUUUAUUUGUAUUUCACUUUACGUUCAUUUACUUUGUAGUUACCGUAGUGCGUGUUUGAUUACCGCGCAGUUUCAACUACUUUGUCGUUCAUAACUCGAAUUAACUCGAAAAGAGUGUCCAGCCGGCUGUCACCUAUUUGCAUAAUAUUCAAAUUGGGGGAGAACUACAGAGAUCUUGUCACACCUUGUGUAAACAAAGGCACGUAAGAAGUGGUCGUACUGGAAGAGAAUGGACGCGGCUGUCCGGAGCUCCUUUUCGCUCGGCUGAAUUUCGUAGCACUCAAAAAGGAAUAGGGGAACAGAGAGCGGCCCGGAGUGACCGGCUGAGGGAGCGGAAUGCAAGUUUCAAGGGCGUGGAGCUCCUUGUUUAAAGACCCCAUUUCAUGGUGAAACAGAGAGCAGGGGGGGGGGGCGGCGUGAAAGAAAAAAGUGCGCGCCGAAAGGGAGAGUGAGAGUGGACGUGGUGCAAGAGGUCAUUCUCAUGCACCUAGGGAGCCGGCUGCCUCAAGGCAAGAGGUCCGAGAGUCGAAGAAGGUGCGACAAAAACCAGCCGCUCGGCCGGUUACGGACGGACGAGGGGAGGGCGUACGGCUCGGGUCCGACGUAACCGGACGCCGUUUCAGAAUAGCUAAGUUCCCUUUGCGUGUGCACAGGCAUUCGUUUUACGCAACCAAACAUCCGCCGAAUGACCGCUCGGCGAGGAGCAAAGGAGGUUUGGAGGCAGUCGGGUGGGGUUUGGCCGUUGUUCCUCUCUCUCAUGCUUUUGAUGCCUCAAGGCGCUUUGAUAAUCAAACGCGUUUAGUCUGACCCCAGUUCCGAUCUCGAGACGUGCUUCAUGUUUUACUUUUACUUUCGUUUCAGGCCCGCGGCCACAACACCAUCGGUUCACAAUUGGGUCAACCACGGCGUCCCACAACCCCACGCCGCACGACCGCGGCACGGCGUCCGAACAAGGCCUUCAGCUGAUCAGUGGACUCAACUGCCAAGACGCUCUCGAGCUCUUCAAGGUAACUUUCACUUUCGUCUUCUGUAUCUUUUGAAUCCGCGCGCGAUCUACCGAAGCCCUAUAAACCGAAUCUCACUUCUCGUCGCGUCUAAUUCAGGUGGCAUAUCGAAUUCGAAAGUUUCGUUUACGGCCUUUCGAUUUCACCGAUCCGACGGGGAUUCAAAAGGGCAAAAGUUGCGACAUAUUGUUACCGUAUCUGUUUCUUUAUAUUAGUUUUUGAAAAAUUUAAGUUUAAAACUCUGUUCAACUUUUGAAAAUUUACCUUAAUUUAGCCAGAAAACCGUAAUUUUCGUUAUGUUCUGUUGCUGUUGUUUUAUGUAAACACGGAGUGUGAUAUUAUUUUUAAAAUCUUAAAUUAUCUCAAUUUUAUAAACCAUUUUUGACCACUCUAGGUAUCUUAAACCUUUGAGUUUUUUAUUUUUUCAAAAUUUAUAAGUAUUACCCAUAUUUAAAACUCAAAAAGGUGUAUUUUUUCAUGUUGAUUUCAUUUUGCCGUUUUAGUUUCUUGUGUAAUUCAGGUUUAAUUGCGAGAUCUGUCUUUAUAUUAUCCUUGCGAUCAUGACCCGCUGACCAUUACCCUGAACCAACUGUCCUUUCGGCUCACGCAUGCGUCCCAAUCCGAGCGCUGGAGACGUGCCAGCGAGUGCCUGAAGGCAUUAGCGGCGGCCAGACGAACUCGAUCUUCACGUCUCUCUACUGCUCUUCGAAAAGUUUUUUGUUUGACAUGGGCCGUGCUCCAGCCGGCUCGGUCCAUUCGGCGGAAGAACGAGACGGGCGAGAAUGUCCAUUCGGUGUCCCUUUAGCCCUGCGGUCUUUUUUUUCGGCUGGCGCCUCGCGUCUCAUCCCCUGCGGCGCUCCGAAAAAAAUACAUGAACAACUGAAGAUGGCAAACGUGGAACGAGCGAACUCGUUUUUGGCUUCGAAGCCAUGUGGUCACUCGUGUCGGGCCACGUCCCCCUACUUUAUGACCGCUCUGGAAGGAUCCGUAAACAGAUGAGGCUAAUUGUGACAAAACAUUAAAGAAAGGCUUAACUAUUGUAGUAGGUAUAGUAUUAUAGUAAGUAUAGAAGUAAAAAAAGGUAUUAUAAGGUAUAGAAGUAGCAAAAGUAUACAAAACAAACACUGACAACUACACAAACCCUUCUCCAAGUCAACGAUGUAGACAUUAAAUUCAUCGACCUUGACGCUACGACCACUGACGUCUCCUUCACCAUGCUUCAUAACUCGGUUGCGCGGUUUGAUAAAUAAAACCUAUUAUCGAUAACACCGUGGACACGACAAUGCAUACCGAAUUGCAGUUGCACCGUGAGUCAUGUUGGUUUAACGCUUUACUCUCUCUUUAUAUGAAGAGAGACGGAACGGAACGGAACAGCCGGCCCCUCUCUGUCUUGGCUGCUUGCCAAACGGCCGAAAUCUAUAACCGACCCGGAGGGGGAACGUCGAAAAGGGAAAGAACGUCCGUCUUUCACGACCUAUUAAGAGAACAUACCGGACCUCUGUUCGGCACGUCGUUCCGAGGGGCGGGGCCAGACCUUUUUGUUGGCACGUCGCCAUCACGGAGAGGCCCCCCGUCCUCCUCUCGAGGAUCGAAUGACCUGGUCGAGGGCACGUGCACUAUUCCGUCGCGUGUGUUCAGACUUUUUCUUUUCAAACGUUCGCGGUUUCGACAUUUUACUUAUGUAAACAUGUACAUGUGAUUCCAAGGAUGUGAGCUGGCAUAACCGAGCAUUUGUUUUUGGUCAGCCGGAGGGCCUGCGAGCUCUCCGCUCUUUUUUCGCUUUUCCAUUUUAAAUAACUGACCAACGGCCGUCUCCCACAUCUGUCCCGAGAACGGUCGCUGGUUUGGGCGUUCUUUCUCCAGGGAUCUGCAACAUUUGCUGAGACGUUGUUUCCCCGAGCAUACAGUUUUCGUGUUUCACUUUAUAUUGACAUUGCCAUUUGAAUUCGCAACAGUAGUUUCCCUACUUUGUCAUAUUACUUUAGUGCAUGUCAGCACGAGAUGAUUCAGGACGUGUUUACUGUCUUUUUUGGUGUUGAAAUCAGCAUUUCAAAAUGGCCAGCACGCCGUGAACGUCCAGCCGUUCGUCGUUCCGUAUGUAAAUGUGUCUGAGCCCGGUCUUCGACGUUCCUGCCACCGUUCUAACGUUCUGUGAUGAAUGUCGUUGUCUCAUUUGUCGUCGAUUUCAACUCCUUAGGAGUCCCGAGUAACCCUGUUCUCUCUCUUGAGGUUCACGUGACAUCUCCCGCCUUAUUUUUUCCUCACGCCGCAGGCGCUAUUCCAAGCGCUUUUGUUUUAUGCGGAGUUGCUAUUUUGAAGUCGCGUGCUUUUUUCUUUUUCUUCGCUUUUGGAAUCUGAAAAGGUAGGGCAGAUCGGCGUUCGCGCGGUCGAUUCACAAAAAAACGGCCGGAGGAACGGUCGCACUUCAUACCGUCUGUCUGUUUCUCUGAUAACCGAUCACUUUGCACUUUCCGACAAAAAAUAGCUGAACCCUUCUGUUUGUAGCACUUCUGCAACGGAGCUGACGAAUAUCGCAUGAAAGACGAGAGUAUAUUGGGCCUGCCGGGCACGAAUGGAACUAGUAAUGGUACCUCGAGCAACGGUAGUCUGAACGGCCAGCCGCCCGCUUCCGACAGUCAGAUCAACAACAACCAGGUUACUGUACAGAACUCGCUUCCAGAUCCGAAUUGCGUCAAUUGCGCCGAGCUUAAACGGUAUGCUUUUUUAAUUUUAAAUAUUUAAAUUUAUUUUAAAAACUGAACUUUAGGAUCUUAAACCGUAUGCUUUCAUUUUUUAAUUUAAAUUUUAAAAAACUAACUUAAAUAAACUUUAAAAUUUUUAAAAUUUUUCAAAAAUUAAUUCGAAAACUAAAUAAUGAGUAAGAUCUUCAAACAUUUCACGAGCUUUUAAACAUUUUUUUGAAAUUUUCAUUAUUUUUAAAAGGCCUCUAAACGUCAAAUUUUUAUUUUUAAAACCCUCCAAACUUCAAAAAAUUUGAACCGCCAUUACUUUUUUGAAAACUCUUUUUGACUAUGUUAUACUCGAACGAUCUCACACUAGAUGAAUGUUUCGGAAAGUGUUAUGUAAAUAAGUCGGGAGUCUGUUCGUAGCGCCAUUUGUUAGACUUGAUGGAACGGCUGACCAAGACAAAGACCACAGACCUGUUCCAAGUCUAUAUCUGAACGCCAGAACAGAACGGCCGGUGUUUUGCACUCUCGAGAGCGGUGGCGACUUGCACAGGCCUUUAAUAGUUGGAAUGGGAUACGGUGUUUGGUGUUCCCAGCUUUACAUGCACUUUGGGGGAGGGAGCGUUCGUGCAUUGCACUUUGGACGAGAGUCAAUCCCCUCGCCGUCGUACCUGUCCGCGUUGCGCAAAGUGCAAGUUUUUAUGUACACCAUCAACGAUUCUUUAAGUGUUCCCUGAUUGGAGGAACGGUGAAGGGAACGUCCCGUGCGACACGACCUUUUUUGUUUAAGAAAGUGCAAGUGCAAAAAACAAAGACCUUAAACUGUUUGUCGCUUUAGAAGCUUGGUUUGCUUUUCGUAUGUUAGGAAUUUAUCAUGUUUGCCAAGUCUCUUAUCGAGUUAUCAUUAGUGCACUGUAUAGGGUUACAAACUACUUUAAAGUAAAUUUUACAAAACAUUUCCGGUUUAACUUUAACUUUUCAUCACAACAACUAUCAACUAUAUUCACAUUUCAGAGAGGUUGUUGAGCUGCGACAGAUAUUCAGUCUACUUGUCAGCCGUCACCUGAUGAAUAUCCAGAAUGUCCGUCUACCGUCAGAUCUCCAGAGGCUGACUGGAACAGAGUUGCCGCUACAACAACUGAACAACUCACCAAUUCUACUACAACAUGUACUGAACCAGCUGAAUGCUACCAGUCCAACUAGUCCUAGUAACAAACUCCUCGAGAAUCUGGACCCAAACAGAAACCUGAAUGCCCUACAGGGCUUCUGGAAUCAGAAUUCAGUUCUCCCGAACAGUUCCUCAGCUGUGGAAUUACCUCAGAAUGUGAGCAGUUUAGGCAACAGCAACAUGCAACUCAAGAACGACAACAACUUUGUUGACCAGGUUUGUAACGAUCAUAGCGAAACUUCCUCCUCAGCCUCGUCUACAAAUACACAGGUACGUCAGAAGCCUGUGUAUUUUGUUCUCUAUCUCACAGUACAGUAUACUUAUUAACAUGUGGUUACAGUAUACUUUUAUUAAAGUCGUUACAAUGUAUUUAUUUUAAUAUUUCAGUUCGUCAUGAUGAGUCCUCCUCAGCAGUUGCGACAACAACCUCUCUACAACAACACCGUCUCCUCCAAUGCCACUUCCAACUCCAACAUUCCACAAAGCCAAACCUUGAGCAGCCUGCUGACUGUCGCCUCCGCCAAUCCCGCUCUCUAUCAGAUGCUUAUCAACCAGCUCACCCAACAGAAACCUCAGCCUCAGGCUGCGCAGCCUGUGCCACAAGUUCAGAAUCAGACGCUGAACCAACUGCCUUCAGCCAUCUCAUCGCUGCCCCAUCUUCAGCAGAACCUCCUCUUCAACCCGGCUCUACAACAACAACAGAGGGAGCAUAUCCAGCAGCAAGCUCAACAACAACAACUGGCACAACAAGCGGCACAACAACGACAGCUACAGCAAGCCAGGAACACUCUCUUUAACGCCAAGCCUCAGGACACUCAAGCCAAGCCCAACAUGAACAUCGACAGAAGUGUUGAGCGACGGGUGAGUCAUAACAGCUGUAUUAUUGCUUAAUAGUAUUUGAAGACUACAAGACUAAAAGAUUAAUGUAAACUUUCAGUACAAUACUUAUAAAUUAAAAAGAUAGUUAUAUUAACCCUAGAAGUUGUUAUUAAUGCCAGAAGACGUAAUAUUACAAAACAUCUUAGCAAAUGUUACUUUCAGUUGCACGGAUUCCAAAGAGCAGCUACUGACGACUACGUUAGGCUGAUCAAAGAGAACGACCUCUCUGAAGCUAAUGUUGAAAGAAUCCAGAUUCCAGUGCCACAGGCCAUCGAAGUUGAUCCGAGUAAGCACUUCGAUUCUAUUUAAACCUUUAAUUUAAAAAUUGUUUACUUUUGGUAAACAAGCAUUUACAUGUCAUAGCUAUUCAACUAUUUUUUAGGUUUCCGUCCGCUGCCAGAAGAGCAGGUAAUCCAGCAAGUGAUGCAGAACAAGAAGUACGAGAACGUCAAUGUCUCUGAAACCAUGGCUCAGUUGUGCAAGAAGUUGGCUGAGAAGAGAGUCUUCGGAUCUCGCCUGAUGGCCCAGACUACAGUAGCCGCUCCAAACCAUUCCAAUUACAGUAACCUGCCAGUUAGCGGCAUUAUUUACAUUCAACGUAAGUUAAUGUGGUACUUGUUACUUUGAGGUACAGCCUCUCAACAUUACAUUAAAAUGUUGCCUUUUAGUUUGUAAUGUGAUAUUAUUGUUAGUUACUUGAGUUUUUACAAUAUUCUGCCAUUAUACCAAACUCGUAUUUUACUUGUCGAUUUCAGACGUUUGUCGCAAAGUGUUGGGAAGCCGUGUGAACAACGACGACGACUUUUGGGAAUCCUUCAGGGAAGCGAUGCGCAAGUUGGCGGCACGAUGUCGCCGUGUCAGACAUGCCAAAAAGGUCAGGUCACCCAAGAUGACGGACCCUGCCCACCUCCAGCAACGCUUCGACCUUCUCCAGCAACAGAACAGUGUAGCCGCGAUGAACAUGUUCAAGCAGGAGAUCGACGCCAUGGACAUCGACGCCAACAACCCCCAGUCACCAGAACCCGACACUCCGUUGUCGUCGUCCUCACGCAACUCCAGUUCCACCCCCACGCCCUCCUCCUCGAUCAAGCCCGAAAACUGA